AUGCUCUUCCGAUCGAUGACAGUUCAAUUGGCCCUAUCGCGGCAAAUACGGCCCCUAAACCCUUGUAUCAGUUCGCCAUUAUCGUUGUAUAGACAGGCAACUCGGCAGUCACGGUACUAUGCUACAAGCCAACCGCCUCCCCUUCGGACAAAUGCAGUCAAAUCAAAAGUGAAAGCUCCAGAGUUAUCUUUAAAAUCUCCUUCUCCGUCGUCGGGAGCGCCCAACAAGUUCCGCAGAUUCGAAUGGGAGGUUUCUAAGCAUAAGGGGCCCGUCUGCCUGUUCCGCGCCCCCAAACAACGAUCUUAUAUCAUCGGUGCAUACACAACAGCUUCGUUCUGUUACAUGUAUGCUGGUUAUAACUUCUAUACCUCCUCCAUAGAUCCGGUACUAAAAAUCCAAUGGUGGCAAGAACUGCUUUUUGGCGGUAUCUGUUUCGUCAUGGCAAUCAUGGGUACCGUCUUUUUCCGCCGUGGCUUCGGUUUGAUAUCCCAGAUCAACGCUGUAAAUCUCAACGGUAAAACCCAACUAUCAAUAAAGGUCAGGCGUAUGCUUCCGUUUAUGAAACAGCGCGAGCUUACCCUUGCGCCCUCGGAGCUCUCUAUUUCACAGAAAGUAACUGUGAGUGAAGUGGAGCUUACUAAGGCUGGCUGGUCGGAGUCGCAGCAGCGAUUUGCUCGCCAGCGGGCUCUGGAUGAUACUCAUUUUUUCAAGAUGCCAGUGCAGAAGACGAGUUUGGCCAUUUUCAGGGCUUUUUCAAAUGCCCGGCGUUUAUUUACACAGGAGCAUUUUGUUUACGUCAACAUCAAGGGGCAGAAGAGUACAUUGCGUCUGGACGCCCUUGGCUCGUUUUCUCCCGAGUUCCAUAUGCUGCAAAAGGCGGUUGUGGAUGUAGUAUAA